UCUUUUGGGUUCGGGUGUGAAUCACCUUCUUCUUCCCCAACCAAAAAAAAAAUAUCCCAAAAGCGAAACAGACAAUCGUCUUCUCCUCGAUUAGGGUUUCAUUUUCUCCACCGUCUGGCCGGGGUUUCAAUGCCUGCGAGUUCAUCUGUCACCGAAAACCCUAGACACUGCCAAUCUCGCCUCCGAUUCUUGCUCUACUUCGUUCGAGUGUUAGAGAAUUCGCUUCGUUCGUUUAAUAUUUUACCGUCUUUUUGAUGGCUCCGAGUCGCAGGAAAGGCGGUGGUAAGGCUGCCGCCGUAGCUGCCGCCUGCCUAAAGUGGAAGGUGGGCGACCUUGUGCUUGCCAAAGUCAAAGGUUUUCCUGCUUGGCCUGCCGCGGUUAGUGAGCCAGAAAAGUGGGGAGCUUUAACCGAUUUGAAGAAAGUCUUUGUUCACUUUUUUGGAACACAACAGAUAGCUUUCUGCAAUCAUACCGAUGUUGAAGCAUUUACAGACGAGAGGAAGCAAUCACUUUUGACAAAACGCCAUGCGAAAGGUUCAGAUUUUCUUCGUGCUGUAAAGGAGAUUAUAGAGAGUUAUGAGAAGCUUAAGCAGCAAGAACAAGCUGGUGAUCCCAAAUCUGCUGAAGAAGCCACUCUUGAGAGUGCUGAGGAUGCUACACUGAUGCCUCAGGUCAGUGAAAUUCCAACUGGGACAAGUAUAACACAAAUGAAGUCUGUUCCUAGUCAUGGUAGAGAUGAAUCUACUAUGCAAAAUGAGGAUGCUUCAGCUGCUGAACAAAUGCUAGCCCUGCGUGAUAACAGUGUACCACGUAACAAAGCCUGUGAUAGUGCAGUUGUUAAAGAACCACGCAAGAUAGCAACAUAUUCUUCAAGGAAAAGAAAUGGAGGGGUACGAUCUCAAAGGUGUGCACCACAGAAGAAUACAUGUUCGGUUCAGCGCUCUAAAAGUUCAUCAAGGUUGCAAACAGAUAAGCUUCAAAGCUCCAUGUUGCAAAACAGCGAUGGUGGACAGAGUAUCGAUGACGUGGAUGAUGGAGCAUUAAGAAGGGGAAAAAGGAUCAGAAGAUCAUCAGGUCAUUCUGAAUCAGAUGAUGUGGCUUCAUCAGCUUUAAAUUCCCAUGGGAGUGACGAAGAAAAUGCCUCUGAAAUUGCGACGGUUGAAUCAGAUAAUAAUACUAGGAAUGAAGGCAAUGGUGUAGAUUCUGGUUCCAAAGUUGAACAAAUCGAUAUUGGUGGACAGUUUCUUGAAGGAGAUUAUGAGCUCAACAAGGGGCUUAAUUUCCAAAUUAAUAUCAUGGUUAAGAGAAAGAAGAGAAAGCCGACCAGAAAACGUGGAACCAGUGAUGUUGUUGAUCCUCAGGCUAAAGUUGAAGCAGAAGCAGUUCCUGAGGCUGGAGCACGUGAUAAUGUUCAGACAUCACGAAAUUCUCAUGAAAGGUUUACUGAGAGGCCUUGUGAAGAUAAUGGGGAUGAGCACUUACCUCUGGUGAAACGAGCCAGAGUCAGGAUGAGUAGAGCAUUUUAUGGUAAUCAUGAGGCCAAUAGCUCUUCACAGGUUGAAGAAAGAUCAUCCAAGGACACCCUGGUCAGUGCAACAGCACAGACAAGCCCUUAUGAUAUCAUUUCUAGUCAUGAUACUUUUGCAGUUGAAGAAUCUAGAUUUUUUGAAGUGUCUGCUAAGCUCUCAGGUGACAUGGUUAAUGUAGCACCAUCUCCUGUGGAGAAACCUCAUGAUGGAAUGUCUCCAUCUGAGGCUUGCGUUCAGACUGUGGGAGGGAGAGACUAUGCUAUGGGGUGGAAUGAGCUUAGCAAGACACCAAAUGAUGAAGCAGGUGGACCCCAAUCUAAUCAAGUUAGCAGUUUGCCAGCUGGCGAAGCUCAGACAGCUAGUGUUCCUGAAGCUGUGUGCCCUGAGAACAUUAAGCUGCUAACUAGUGAGUCUGAUCUUCCAGUCGUACAAUGCUGUCAAGUUACUAAAAUUGAUCCAUCCUUGGAUCCUAAUACUGUCGAUUCAUCUGCAAACAAGGCCUCGGGGAUAUGCUCAUUAAGCAUACCUUCUCAGUUAUCUGGCCAGGACAAAAGCAAGGACCAAGAUGCUUGUGAUUCAUUGGGCAAUACUUGUGAAUAUCUGAAUGAAGAAGGCAAUAAAAGUGAUGCUUGCGUGGCUCAGGUUGUUCAGUCUGAAGCUAUAGAACAUUCUCCAUCGUCUUGUUUAGUGGUGAAUAAGCAGGAGACUGAGAACAUGCAAAAGGCUGAAAAGAUGCUGCUGAAAGAAGUGCAUGGAAGUGUGCGUGAAGAAUGUGCUAUUGUCAAACCAGCUCAAAAUACUCCAAAUCCACCCAUCUCCGCAACUGAAAGUGAUGUGAUAACUGAAAGUGAUGCGAUAGUUGAUGAAAAUGUACCUUUGAAUGAAAUAGGGUAUAACAAAUGUGAUGGCGCUGUUGAGGACAGUAGGCAGCUCAAAAUGAUUGAUGAGACUGAUGAUAAAAGGCAGCAGGUCCAAAUCAUCAAUUCUGGCUCUGUAUCUGAGAACCUUUCACGUGAAAAAAUGAGUUUAUCUCCUGCUAAUACUGCAGACACUCCUGCGAGGGGCACUCCACAUAGCAGCUCAGUUUAUUACCACAUUUCUACUGCAGAAAGUGCAAAUGAUAUGCAGAACAACAGUAGUUGCAGCCCAAAUGUUCCAUCUGGUGAGAAGAAAAAUGUUUGUGAUGCCAUUGUCAAAGAAGAAGAGAAAAUCGAAACAGGUGUAUGUCAGGGACAGAAAGUUGUUAGUUGUGAUGUGCAAUCCACUCGUGGAUCUUAUGAGGAUGCACUUAGUUCAUUGGUGAGGACAAAGGAGAGUAUUGGCCGAGCAACUCGUUUGGCUAUGGACUUGAUGAAAUUUGGUGUGCCUGCAAAGGCUAUGGAGAUUUUGGCUCAUACUUUGGAAAGUGAGUCAAAUUUAAAGAGGAGGGUGGACUUAUUUUUCCUUGUGGAUUCCAUUGCUCAGUGCUCCAAAGGGCUGAAAGGUGAUACUGGUUGUGUUUAUCUUUCAGCCAUUCAAGUAAUUUUACCUCGCCUAUUGGCGGCUGCUGUACCUGCUGGAGCUACCACACAAGAAAAUCGGAAACAGUGCUUAAAGGUUUUGAAGCUUUGGCUUGAAAGACGGAUCCUGCCUGAAUCUAUUGUUCGUCACCAUAUAAGAGAACUUGAUUCACAUAGUAUAGUUCCUGCUUGCCUCUAUUCUCGGCGCUCAGCUCGAACAGAAAGGUCGUUGGAUGAUCCUGUGAGAGAUAUGGAGGAUAUGCUGGUGGAUGAAUAUGGAAGUAAUUCAACUCUCCAGCUCCCUGGAUUUUGCAUGCCUGCAUUGAUUAAGGAUGAGGAGGGAGGGACUGACUCGGAGGGAGGUAGUGACUCGGAUGGAGGGGAUUUCGAGUCUGUCACCCCUGAACAUGAGUCCAGAAUCCUUGAAGAAAAUGUCUCAUCAUCCACGGCUGAAAGGCAUACACUUAUAUUGGAAGAUGUUGAUGGUGAGCUUGAAAUGGAAGAUGUGGCUCCGCCUUGGGAAACUGGAAACUGCGCACACACUGAUCGAGCUGAUAAUACUAAGGUUACCAAUUGUCACCUUGGACAACAGCAUCUGCCUGUCUUUGGCACUUCACAUCAGCAUGCGUCAUUGUCAUCUCCACCACUGUCAUCUUCCUCGCCACCACCUCCACCGCUGCCUCCAGCUCCCCCUUCACAGCAGGGCCAGUGUGCCAUGCCUGAUUCCUACUUAAAUGGCUUUGGAAAUGGAGGAUAUCGCAACAUGCAUGGAGAUCAUCAGGCGGGUCCUCUUAGGAUGAACCCACCACUGUCUGGAAGCACAAUGCAUUAUCAAGGUCCGGAGUCCUCUUAUAGUUCUGGUGUACAACUUACGAAUAGCAUUCCACAGACAGAUGGUUCUAAUUUCCAGCAUAGGCCUUAUCCAUCUCAUCCACAACCUCCUCCCCCUCCGCCUCCACCACAGCAUCAAUACUCAUUUACAGAGCCAGGCCACCUUUUGAAGUCGCGUAGGGACGCUCCAUCGUACUCCCACAGAUCUCAUUAUGUACCGAAUUUUGAUGAAAGAAAUUUUCAUGAUAACCAUGAGAGAAUGAGGCAUGCACCAUAUGAUAAUCGAGAUAAUUGGAGAUAUCAACCAUCUUCUUCUUAUGGUUCGAGAUAUGAAGACAAACACAAAGCCCCUUAUCCAUCUAGUUCAUACAAUGGUGUCCCUCCACGGGAGUCUGAAAGGUAUCAGAACCAGCGGUGGGAUCAUCCUCCUCGCCAAUAUAAUAACAGACACCCUUUGCACCCGAAGCCGCAUUCUGAUGGUCCUGUUCCAGUUGGAAUGAGAGAUCCGGGCAUGUGGCAUCAGAGAAGUGACUAGAGAAACUUGAGAGAGAUGGAAACUGGUAAAGAAGAGAGGGCGGUGUGAAGCAAAAAGCAAAAACACCGAGGUGAUGUGGCUCUAAGAAUGGCUAUGUUGUUGAGGUGAAAUAGUGAUAUGACAAAGAAGGGAGGGUGUACAUAUGAUUUCGGAAUCAGAAUCACAUGCAAUGCAGAGAGUGAGGAAAUGGUAAAAAAAGCCAUUUGUAGAAAUUGAGAAGAGUUUAGUAUUUUAUCUGCGCUCCUUUCGUCUUUAUUGUUCUUUUUUGCUUGUCAACAUUAUUUUGUUAUGUGGGUUUUGACCUUGGAGUGUAUGAUGUAUAUUCAUCUCUUAGAAUAAUAUUCCUACUGAAAAGUUGUUUUUUUUGUUCUUUCUUGAAAGGGAAUGAUUGGGUA